GUAUUUUGAACGUCAUAAGUGUUGACAACUGUGCGCGAGCCGUCUACUCCACCAGCUCAUAUUUGGGGGCGUGGCUUAUACAAGUAUCUUCAGAGGCAAGCCAUACUUCAAGAAACAAUAGAAAAGGAUAACAAUAAGAGAAAAGAAAGAUAAUGGCUAUCAAGUGGCUGGCUGUUAUUGUCUUAAUAGGCAUAUGCUCUCAGAGUUCAGCAUCAUCAGAAAUCACAGUGAAUGUAUUCAUGGUAACAUCUAAAAGCAUGACAGUACGGUGGAGCAGAUUCUCAGGAGCCAGUUCCUACAAGAUCACAGCGACCCCGAAGAAUUCCCUGGAUGCCUCAGCCUUUGCCCAGUUUGGUGCCAACUCUGUAAUGGGCUCCAUCAACUCUCUGACCCCCAACAUAAUGUACAUUAUUAAGGCUGAGGCCAUGGAUAACAGCCUAAAUAUUCUGAGCCAGGCUGAGGUUGAAGAAACCACUGCUCCUGAGGUGCCCACCAUUCACAUGGCAACGUCCAAGCAGAGCGAGAGCAUGACUGUUGAGUUCACUCGGGUGUCUGGUGCCACUUCCUACGUCCUGCGUGCGGAGAACGCCGACCUGUCCUUCUCCUCUGAGACUGAGGUGUCCUCGUCCCCUGGAACGGUUGUCAACCUUCAGGCCUACACCGACUACACUCUCAGUGUCAUGUCCGUCAACAGCGGAGGCAGGAGCCAGCCCUCCCUCCCAGUGGAAGCAAAGACAGUGGUUGCUGCCCCUGAGCUCAACUCCACCUCUCCCCGAAAUGACACCAUUGUGGUUGGGUGGGAGCCCGUGGACCAUGCUGUGCUCUACACCCUCAGCAUCAUCAAGGAGGGCUCGGACAGCCAGGUGAAGCUGAACACCACCGACACCAGUGUGACCUUCCCCGACCUGGAGGCCGGGACCACUUACUGCAUCAAGAGCAAUGCCUGGGACCCGGAGCACAGACAGGGAGACGACUUCACCGUCUGCCAGAUCACAUGCCCACCCAUCCCUGGAUUCAUCGAGCUUCAGUUGACAAUGGUGGGCUCUGGUGCUGGUGUGUCUGUGUCCUGGACAUCGUCUCGGGGGGCCGGGGGCUACCUGGCUCUCAGCUCUGAAGGGAUCAACUGUACCUCUACAACUGGCCCCUGUUCUCUUGUGCCCGUGGGGUGUGGCCAGAGACACACUGUCACUGUGACAGCCAUAAAUGUAGGAGGACCCAGCAUCCCCUCUGCUCCUGAGGAGUUCAUUGCCUUCCCUUGUCCACCAGAGCCUCUGCGUGUGGAAGAGACUGAGGCAGGUAACUGCUCUGUGUCGUGGGACACCAUGCUCUAUGCCGACACCUACGUGGCCUUUAUCAAGAGGGAUGAUGGACAGGAAGAGAGGUGCAAUACCACUUCCACCAGCUGUAACUACCACUGCCAGUGUGGAUACACCUACCUGAUGACUGUGUUUGCCUUCAACCUGGCUGGAUCCAGCUCACCGGGCCCCGUGCUCAACUACACCACCUUGCCCUGUUGUCCCGAGGAUGUGUUCAUUUCCCUGGCUUCCAGCGACACACUUGAGAUAAUGUGGUCGGCGGUGCGAGGAGCGGAGGUGUACGAGACACGUGCAGUGGACGGGUCAGAGGUCAUACUGUGUAACGACACGGCACCAGUGUGCGCCCUCUCCGACCUCUCUUGUAACAGCCCCUACAGUGUGCUGGUGAUGCCGUGUAAUGAGAUUAGAGGAUGCAACCCCACCUGCACAGCUCACACCAAGGAGACAGCUCCCUGUAGUCCAGAGGUUUUGGGUGUGGCCCAGACCAAUGGCACCUCUUUCACUGUCAGCUUCAGUGCUCCCAACACAGCAGGAGCCAUCUACAGAGUGAGCGCUACGGGCCAGGAUGGCACACACACCUGCACAUCCAACGGAACCUCCUGCGAGAUACUUGACUUACCCUGCGGCCAGGUUUAUGAGGUCAUUGUCAUAGCAACCACAUCUGCGGGUGACAGUUUACCCAGUUACAGUAUUCCACUGGAAACAGCGCCUUGUUGCCCUUUAAGUGUUAACGUUGAUCAGGUGACUCAGGCCAUGACCAAUGUUACCUGGUUGGCGGCACGAGGCGCACAAACCUACUUGACCUCUCUGACCUCGCCAAGGGGCACCGCCCGCUGCCACACCCUGGACACUAAUUGCCUGAUGGGAUGCAUCACAUGUGGAACAAAUUACACCGUCGGCAUAGAAGCCAUCAGCCGCACCGGACAAAAGUCUGAGUGCACCUAUCAUGGCUUCUCAUCCAGUGCUUGUUGUCCGUCGGGCGUGAAGUUGUACAGGAUGGCCAACAACACCCUGCGUGCAUACUGGCGUUCCACAGGCGGUCUCCAUAAAUACAUGGCCGAGAUGGUCGGUAGCCAGUCCAACUACACCUGCGCCCCUCCCCCGGGAGGCAACACCUGCGACGUGUCGGAGAUCAUGUGUGGGGACGUCUACAAAGUAGUGGUGGCUCCCCUCACCCAAGAUGGGGCUAAGGUCCAGUUCUGCCCGCAGAGGAUGUACUCAGUUUCCUGCUCGGGAAGCAACGUUGGAAUGGUAAUCUAUCGUGGAAAGAGAAGCCUGGACUAACUGACAGAUGUUUCCAUUCCCAUUGAUCUGUGGAGCAGCAGAGCCAAGCAACAUGGCUACAUAUUCUGGAAAAGGAAGAUCACUCAGGCAGUAUACAGUAAAUAAGAAGUCACCUCUGUUUCACUUUAAGAGGUGGCCUCCUCUGUCUCUAAGAUUUCUCCCCUAUUCAGAAAGGGAAGGGAACCAGUAAAAAUAUCCCUUUAUAUAUUAUAGUUUUUAGCUAGACCUGUUUCUGGGACAUUCAAACUAAUCUAUAGUUAAAAAUUAUAACAAACACAUUUGUGCUGGAAUCAUUGAUUAUUUAACAUCAACAUUAUCAUGAAAAAGGAACUGUUAAACAAAGUACAAAUUAAGAAAAUUAAUUUAGAUAUAUGCUAGCAAAAUGCGAUACAAAAUAUCUACAACUCAGGGCCAGUUUCUGCAGAGAAUACACACAGUGUACCAUUAGAAUUAACUAAAUCAUAACUCACAUGAAGUUUAUUUUCCACAAGAUGAUAAAUUGUUCCCUUCCAUAUUUCAGAGUUUGCUAUCAUGCAUUUUGGGAUAUUACAUUUUUCAAAAUUUUACCCACAAUAUGAGCUUAGAAUAUUUCCUGACCACUGUAAUUAUUGCAAAUUGUAUUACAAAAUGUGUUUUAGAAAUGAAAAGCAUAAAAAUGUAUGUUCUUUCAGUCUAUGUUGUGAUAAAUGAUCCCUUUAAAUGUAAUUUUAUUAAAUUACACUUUCAAUUAAAAGGUAAAAUUUCUAAGAAGACUGUAUUACAUAUUUACAGAAUUUUACAUC